AUGAAAUCUAGAAUCACAAGCAGAGAAAUUGUGAUAGCAGAAAACUCUAGAUUACAAGUACGAAUUUAUGAAUUGCAAUACAGAAUUAAUGCUCUGAAUGCCGAUAAAGAUGAAUUGAUUCGCAAAAAUACACAACUAAGAAAUAGAAAUGAAGAGAUUACAAAUAAAAAAAAUCAACUUGAAACAGAUAACAUUCAAAUUUGUGCAGCAAAUAAAAAUUUAACACAAUUAAAUACUGCGUUACGAACUGUUUUAAGAGAUGCAGAAGAUAAGAAAGAUCAUUAUAAAGCUGCAAAUAUUAAAGAAUUUGAUGAUUUUAUUUCGAAUUUUGUAUUUGGAUUAUUUAAUAAUUUUACAUGGAUCACAAAUAAUCAAAAUAUGAAUA